CAAUGACACAACAAUCGAAGGAAACAACCAAUCAUAGACCAUAUCGUCAGAGCAAGCUACAAAAUCACUCGUAGAGAGAUAUUGACAGCUCAUUUCAUACUGAGGUUAGCGUUGAUGGUGUCAUCUAUCAAGACGAUGGAAGCUUGAUGAUUAAACAACCCAGCUCAGAGAACACAAUACAACCAAGACCAUCCACCUGAGCUACAAUUAUUCUCCAUUAUUUCAAAUAUCAAAAAUAAUAUAGGUUAAUGUAAAAAUUACAGCCUGACUUGAUUUACUCAUGUGCACAGAUUCAAAUGGAAUUCAUAAUGUGCCAGUAAUUAAAAAAAAUGAAUAGUAGUAUUCUUUUCACUACCAUUCUUUAUAGGUAAAAACGUGACUGACAUAUAUAAAUGGUUUAAAAAACACUAUAACCCUAUGCUUUUCAAAGAAAUCUUUUCGUAAACAAACUAUUUUUAGAAAAGUAGUAAACAUCCUAAGGAUUCGGUUCUUUUAGAUUUUUUCGACUGUUUUCCGUUUUCAAAGACAUCUUGGAGUCAUUGUCAUAAUAAUAAUAAUAAUAAUAAUUUUCUUGCAUAAAUGCUUCAUUUAUGAUAGUGUGAUUAUUUAAUCUGUCUAGACAUAAGUGAAAGUUUUCAAAUAAAAUAAUAAUUUUCGAUGACUUUGAACUUUAGAAAAUCAGUCUUAAGGUAAACAAAAACUUUAAGUGAUGUUUAUUAUUCGGAUAUUGAUAAAGUUUUUCUUAGGUAUAUCCAUUCCAUAGGUCAAACAAAAGACACACUAAACUGUCUUAUUGUUUAACUAGAUAUACUACUAACUAUCAAUCUACUUGAUAGUUGUCCAGAUAUAUCUCAUUUCUUUCAGGCAUCUCUUUUUUUUCAAGGAUUUAAAAACAAUCUGAGUGAAAAAUAUUUUUUCCAAUAAAUUUUCAUGAGGUUCUAUAGUUAUAAAAAUGCAUCUGUAUAGCGUAAAACAAGUCAAGUUUAAGAUGAAUACAUUUUUAAAAUGGGAUAAGUUAGGAAUCUUAAGUAAAUCGGUGAAGAUGAAGAAUAUGAUUGUAAAAGAAAAGAAAACGGGAGAGAUCUUUAGUUUGCUGAAGCGGAAGAAAGUAAUACUGCUUCAUCAUGUUCCUUCUGAAUGUAUAGCUUAGAUUUGAUCAAUCGUAUUACUGAAGUCCAAGUUAUUUUGAGUAGAUACUGUUGAAAUAUACGUGGUAUUGUUUUUAGUACUCAAUGUAUAUUAUUUAAAGCUUGUUUAUCAUCUAUCUGAUGACUCGUGUUUGGUAGGUGAGCAAAGAUAGAAAUGUUUGCAACUUUGACUUCAACAUUUCCAAACCAAACUGCAUUUGGAAAGUUGAAGUUUUACAAUAUGGAAUACAAUGAUGGGCACUUCAAUUCUGGUUAUGCCUUGGGCUAUUCAACAGGCUGGAUUCACUUUGGGCAUAUUUCUGAUAAUAUUUGUAGCUUUUAUUGCUUGGUAUUGUGGUCAUCUUGUGUUGAAGGCUACAGAAGACUUGAAAAUAAUACAAAAUUUACACUCAUCUGUUGACAUGGAAUUCACUGAUGUAUGCUAUUAUCAUUUGGGAAAACCAGGUUAUAUAACAGCUGUUGCAUUUUCUAUGGUAGCUCUUAUUGGUGCACUAAUUGUGUAUUAUGUUUUAAUGUGUAAUUUCUUAUAUUACACUGGUGAUUAUCUAUAUCAUCAAAUAAACAAAGUGAAUAGUUCACAUCCACAUCCAGAUUAUACUCUGUGGAAUAAAACCUACACAGGUGUUAUAUGCCUAAAUUCACCAUCAUUAUCUAUUGAAGAUCAAGAAGGUGUUAUCAUUAGUCCAUUGGUCAGUGUUCAUCAGGAUUUAAAUCAUUCAUCACAUCACAGAGAAGUAACAAUAUAUGAUCGUUUAUGGUCACAAACACGAACUGUACCGGCUUGGCUUUUAAUUAUUAUCAUCCCGCUUAUUUCGAUUAAAUCACCAACAUUUCUUGGGAAAUUCAAUGCGCUUGGUACAAUCUCAGUUUUUUAUCUCGUUAUAUUAGUAUGCAUUAAAGCUGGUCAAUGGGGAGUUAAUCUAGACUUUACAUCUACGCAUCCAUACAAAAUUGUACAUCAAGCUCAGACUACAUUUGUCAGCCUGACGGGUAUAUGUUCAUUGGCAUUUUUCAGUCAUAAUGCAUUGCAUACACUCACACGUACUCAAAAAAAACCAGAGAAUAAUACUCGUGAUGUGGCUAUCGCAUUUAUCUGUGUUGCAGUCACUUACCUAUCCAUCGGCUUGAUAUUCUUCUGCACAUAUCCACUGGCUAAGUCGUGUAUUGAAGAUAAUCUUCUAAACAAUCUUAGAACUGAUAUUCCUGUAUUCAUUGGCAGACUUGGUUCACUUCUACAAAUGUUCACUGUAUUCCCAAUGAUUGUUUAUAAAGCAUAUCCAGGGUUUAUUCAUGUUACUGUACUACAUGCAAUUAUACUUGGAUUGUCAUUAACAUUCGCUAUGCUGAUGCCGAAAAUUGGCACUAUUAUUAGAUUCAGUGGUUCAUUGUGUGGAUUAGUCUACAUGUUUGCACUCCCACCAAUAAUCUACCUUUUAAAUACACGAGCUCUUAAUCGAAUGAAAUCACAGAAACAAUCGAUUGUACCAGAAGUUCAUUCUGAAAAGCUAUUAAAUGAAGCUAUAAUAGGACGUGAAGGAGUUAAUGUUAAAACUACCGAUGAUCAUACACCAUUUAAUGAAUUUCAUAUUGAUAACCGCAGUGAAUUAUCCUCAAUAAUUAAAUUCAAGAUAAUAUCAGAACGUGAUACAUUGAAAUGGUAUUUCAUUGUUUUCAUUCAUAUGUUGAUUGUACUGUUAGGUUUAUUAAAUUUUAUUGGUCAAUUCUCUGUCUUCUUCACAGGAUCUCAUAGUAGGCCAACUAAUUCAUCAGUGAAUAGUUAA